AAAAUAGAUAACAAAAUACGAAAAAUGACCGAUUAGUCUAAAACUUUUCAAAAACAUUAUAAUUUUCAUUUCAUUAUAAUUUAGCACAUUGAAGAUGGAUAUCGACAGGGUCGAGCGCAGAGACCAGCUGAGCGUCGAAGAAUUUGUCAAAGAAUUCCUUGAGCCCAACCUGCCGGUCAUCCUGGGCAGCCACUUCACCAGCACCUGGGCGGCACGUCGCGAGUGGGUAUCUGACGGCAAGCCCAAUUUCCCGCGCCUUCUCGAACUCUAUGCGCACGCGCAAGUACAAGUAGCCGAAUGCGACACAGUGUAUUUUUCCGACCAAAAGCGCACAACCAUGUCCUUUGGCGACUUUAUUUCAAAAUGGCACAGCAACUCGAAGUUAUACUGCAAGGACUGGCACUUUACACAGAAUAGCCCCUUCUCCGCAUACCGGCCGCUAGCGCACCUGUCGAACGACUGGCUUAACCUGCAUUGCGAUAGCGAAGCGGCUGGCGAUGACUUUCGGUUCUGUUAUCUGGGUGGCGACGCCACGUGGACCCCGUUCCACGAGGAUGUCUUCCGGUCGUACUCGUGGAGCGCCAAUAUCUGCGGCCACAAAAAAUGGAUCCUGGUGCUGCCCGGCCAGAACCACCUGUUCACCGAUGGGCUGGGCAACUGGGUGUAUAACCUGAUGGACUACGACAAGCAAAAAUACCCGCGGCUCAGCGAGCUCAAAACUCUAGAGAUCAUGCAAUCCCCUGGCGAAACCGUCUUUGUGCCAGCCGGCUGGUGGCACCAGGUAAUCAACAUUGGCGACACCAUUUCGAUCAACCACAAUUGGACGAACGAACACAACCUGCACCGCAUGUAUGCGCGCCUCAGGGCCGAUCUGGAUGCCGUCAAAUAUGCGCUCAGGGACGUCGUCGACAUGGAUGGCUUUGACGAGCACGUGCAGGUGGUGCUACGCGCCGAUAGUGGCACGGACUACUGGUUGUUUGCUGGAUUUCUGGAGAGCAUGGCACGCAUUUAUUUGGCGCAGCUGCAGGCAGUGCGGGACGGGGGCUGUGACGGUGGCGGCCGGCUGGCGGCGUUUGAUCGCGCGUAUCGGUCCCCCGACGCCCUGCGCCUUGCGCUAGGCCAUAUAGCGAAUGUGCUGGGGAUGCUGGAGGAUGAUCCGGACGCUUGCAGGAUUAAGGAUCUCGCUGUGAAGAUCAGCCGGCUGAACGAGCAGAUCCGACAGGCAUUGAUGUGAAUGCGUAGUGGCGAAGUGCCGCGUAUCCUUUUUUUAAUCACAUUCUCAGAUCGAAAAAAAAUGAAGGGGGAAGUUACC